CUCGCUUCCUGUUUACAUGGCAGCCCGGAAGUCAGCCGCUCCGUGAGGGAACCGGGGAAACGGGUUGUUCGGGAGGCGAGCGAGGAUGCUGUUCUCGGUUAAUAUCAAGCUCUCCGCCAGGACCUUAACGGGAACGCUGAGCGGCCAGAACCGAGGGGCAGCCGACUGGGGUUGGCAAGGACUAAUUGCCCAUGGCUGUCAUUCAUUGAUUUUGAUCAUUGAUCCGAACACUUCGCAGACCAUUCAGGUUCUGGAACAGCAUAGAGCAAAUGUUGUGAAGGUAAAAUGGGCUAGAGAAAAUUAUCACCAUAAUAUUGGCUCUCCCUAUUCUCUGCGCUUGGCAUCUGCAGAUACAGCAGGAAAGAUUAUUGUUUGGGAUGUAGCUACAGGAGCAGCUCGAUGCGAGAUUCAGGAAUACACCAAACCCAUUCAAGACAUGGAAUGGCUGCAGAAUCAGGAUGCCUCUCGGGACCUGCUAUUAGCAGUUCAUCCACCAAACUACAUAGUUCUUUGGAAUGCAGACACCGGUACAAAAUUAUGGAAGAAAAGUUAUGCAGAAAACAUACUCUCCUUUUCCUUUGAUCCCUUUGAGAUAUCUAAUCUAGCAUUACUGACCAGUGAGGGUAUAGUGUUUAUCUCGGACUUUUCACCAUCCAAACCUCCCAGCAGCUCAGGGAAAAAGGUUUAUAUAUCAAGUCCUCAUUCAAGUCCUGCCCAUACAAAACCAGCAGCUACUGGCGCCAAGAAAGCUUUAAACAGAGUGAAAAUCCUCAUCACUAAUGAGAAACCAAAUGCGGAGUCCGUAACUCUGAAUGACUGCCUGCAAUUAUCUUAUCUGCCGUCAAAGAGGAACCAUAUGCUGCUGUUGUACCCCAGAGAAAUCCUGAUUCUAGACUUGGAGGUGAACCAGACUGUCGGCAUUGUGGCAAUUGAAAGAACAGGAGCUCCUUUCUUACAGGUUAUUCCCUGUCGCCAACGAGAUGCAUUGUUCUGUCUUCAUGAAAAUGGUUGUAUAACAUUAAGGAUACGCCGACCGAAUUCCAGUUCACUGGCUGUCCCCAUUGAAGAACAGGAUCCAGAUCAGCCUGCUCAAGAACUUGCUUAUGACUUGCGCUGUCAGUGUGAUGCUAUCAGAGUCACUAAGACAGUUCGUCCUUUCAGCAUGGUGUGCUGUGCUGUCAAUGAAAAUUCUGCUGCUUUGAUUGUUAGUGAUGGCAGAGUGAUGUUGUGGGAGUUGAAAUCCAACCUCUUGGGACCAAAACCUUAUUACAGUUACUCAAGUUCCACAGCCUCUCCUUUGUACUGUCCAGCUUCAUUUUGCGGAAUCCCUUUGAGCACCCAACAGAAAAAGUUUCCAGACCUCUCCUUGGAUAACAUGAUAGGGCAAAGUUUAGCUGUAGAUGAAGAGCUGCCGAGGGUUUUGAACCAGCAGGAAGUUCAACUGAAGUUCCUACUGACUGGCUUGUUGUCCGGUCUCCCACAGCCACCAUUUGUUAUACGAAUGUGUCCACCACUCACUACCAAGAACAUAAAAAGCUAUCAGCCGUUGUUGGCUGUGGGUACCAGCAACGGAUCUGUGUUAAUUUAUCAUCUUACCAGUGGAUUGUUAUACAAGGAAUUAAGCAUACAUUCCUGUGAAGUCAGGGGCAUUGAGUGGGCAAGCCUGACCAGUUUUCUUUCUUUUGCCACCUCGACACCGAAUAAUCUGGGACUAGUGCGAAAUGAAGUGCAGCUGGUUGAUCUACCAACAGGGAGAAGUAUUGCAUUUAGAGGUGAGAGAAGCAAUGAUGAACCACCAAUAGAAAUGAUGAAAAUAUCCCAUUUGAAGCAGUUCUUAGUUGUGGUGUUCAGAGACAAGCCAUUGGAACUAUGGGAUAUUAGGACAUGCACUCUGCUUCGUGAAAUGGCGAAGAACUUCCCUGCAGUUACAGCACUGGAGUGGUCUCCUUCCCACAACUUGAAGAGUUUGCGCAGAAAGCAGCUUGCAGCUCGAGAAGCCAUGGCCAGACAAACAGUUGUUUCUGAUACCGAAACCAAUAACAUUGAGUCACCUAUGAUCAGUUUACUGCAGGAGGCAGAGAGUAAAGCCGAAUUUAGUCAUAACAUCUCUGCACGGGAGCACUUUAUAUUUACUGACAAUGAUGGACAGACCUUCCAUCUCACUGUGGAAGGGAAUAUAGUGAAGGAUGUAGUCAGAAUUCCUCCAGAUGGAGACAUGGGCAGCAUCACAUGCAUUGCAUGGAAGGGAGAGAUGUUGGUGCUCGGAGAUGUUGAUGGAAAUGUGAACUUCUGGGACUUAAAAGCUAGGCUUUCAAGGGGAAUUCCUACUCACCGUGGUUGGGUAAAGAAGAUUCGUUUUGGUCCCGGAAAAGGAAACCUGAAACUUUUAAUGAUGUUUAAUGAUGGAGCUGAAAUUUGGGAUUCUAAGGAGGUUCAAAUGAUAAGCAGCAUGAGAACUGGUCGCAAUGUCAGCUACAAGGUCCUUGACAUUGAUUGGUGCAGUUCCGAUAAAGUUGUUCUGGCUUCCGAUGAUGGCUGCAUCCGAGUUUUGGAAAUAGCAAUGAAAUCAGCAAGUUACGGAAUGGAUGAGCAGGAGUUAACAGAUCCAAUUUGGUGCCCUUAUCUCCUUCUUCCAAGAUCUUGUUUUGUAUUGAAAGCUUUCCUAUUGCAUCAACCAUGGAAUGGACAGUAUUCACUGGAUAUUAUGCAAAUCUCUUAUUCAGAAAACGAAGAAAUAAAGUGUCUUAUGCAGGAACAAUUGAACUCUAUAUCAAGCGACAUCCAGCAACUUCUUAUAGACCCCGAAUUCCAACUGCUGCAACGAUGCUUAUUGGUGGCAAGGCUUUUUGGUGAUGAGUCAGAACUGCUGUUCUGGACUAUUGCUGCUCAUUAUUUGUAUAGAUUCUCAAAGAGAAAAGAUCUAGUUACAGAGAAUGGCAUUCAAGAGAACCAGGCCAGCCCACUGGAUAUUUGCUAUGAUGUACUGUGUGAGAGUUCCUACUUCCAGAAAUCUCAGAUUGAGCGAGUUAACCUGCAAGAAGUGAAAAGGACAACAUAUGAUCACACAAGGAAAUGUGCAGAUCAGUUACUCUUAUUAGGCCAGACGGACAGGGCAGUGCAGUUGCUGCUGGAAACCAGUGCAGAAAAUCCAAGCUAUUACUGUGAUUCCUUGAAAGCUUGCCUAGUUACCACCAUAACCUCGUCAGGUCCUUCCCAAAGCACCAUAAAAUUGGUGGCUACCAACAUGAUAGCAAAUGGGAAGCUAGCAGAGGGUGUACAGCUACUUUGUCUAAUAGAUAAAGCAGCGGAUGCUUGUCGAUACCUGCAGACUUACGGAGAAUGGAAUCGAGCCGCAUGGCUUGCCAAAGUGCGUCUAAACAGAGAGGAGUGUGCGGAAGUGCUGAAGCGAUGGGUGGACCAUCUUUGUUCUCCACAAGUGAAUCAAAAGUCCAAAGCCAUCCUCGUCCUCCUUUCACUAGGCUGCUUUAGCAAAGUUGCUGAAAUGCUUCACAGCAUGCGUUAUUUUGACAGAGCUGCAAUAUUCUUGGAGGCUUGUCUCAAAUAUGAAGUUCUUGAAAUGAAUGAAAAUACAGAGAAAUUUUGCAAUGCAGUUUAUGCAGAUUAUGCAAGGUAUUUAAAGAUGCUGAAUCUGAAGCAAGGUGCAAUUCUCUUUGCCACAAAAGCAGGGGACGCAGGAGCUGAACUACUGAAGGAGCUGCACCAGAGCAAAGAGGAAAAAACUGCUUCGUGACUUGAAAAUGCUAACCUUUGAAAAUACACUGGCCCUCUUCAACUUCAAAGGUUACCUUGCCUAGUCCAUGAUGAGAAUAUAGUGUUUUGAAUGUUAUGUUCCAGUUUCCAGUUUUGACCUGAAUAAAUUACAUUCCAAUUGUUGCAGUGAAAAUCAACCAAAUGCAUAUAGGAGGUUCUUCAUGCAGUGUUGUCUGGCAUAUCUAGAUUUUUGAUACGGUGACAAUUUUGUUUAUGCCUAAAUUCUUUCUCUAUAAUAUUCUUGGCUAUAGUAUUUUUAUAGGUUCCUAUAGAGGAUCUCACAAUCAGCAUUCCCUGUGCAGUUAUCGCUUUGACAAAUGUAGACAAGGAUUGCAGACAAAUAACAUAAUCAGAAAAUGUUUUACGGUAUCAGUCAUUGCUUUUCGAGCUUCCUUGCUGUUUAACUAUACACAAGUAACUAUUGUUGCUUGAAGAAUUAGAUGCAUUGAAAUGUGAAAUAUGGAUAAAUGAUUUGUAAAAUGAAAUAUCUGAUACUGUAACUGGACCUUGUUCUUAAUUCAGUGUUUAAUCUACUACAAAUUAGUAAUAUCAAGGGAGGUAAAACAACAUUGUGGUGUGGUCCAGAUGGGUGCAUAACCAGGAACCAGCAGUACCAUAAAGAGGUCAGAGCAGCUCUGGUGUCAAAGUCGUACACAGCAAAAUAGAUGAUUUGACUUCCUCUCAUCCAAGAGUUUCAGACGUCUGAAGAGAAGCUAGAGAAAGGAGAAUGAAGAAAAAGGUGUAAAAUACAAAGAACUUAAAAACAUAUUGGAACCAAGCAUUAUAGUCAUUAUGUAACAUUACAUAUAAUGCUUGCAUUCUUUUGAGCAAAAGUCUGGUAUAUUUUUUCUGUGAGUUUGAUUCCUGUGUUGACCAAAUUCUACUAGUACACAAUAAUUACUACAAACAUUUGUGAUCCAUUUGUUAAAUUAUACUUGCAGCAUUUCCAUAGGUGAGUCAUUCCGGGAGGGUUGUAACCCUGUAUGUGAUCCUCCUUUCAUGAAUAUUAAAUGGAUUUAAUGUUCUUUCUUCACUUCUACACAGGUUUAUUUCUAAAAAUAGGGGAUAAACAUGAACAAAAUAGAUGAUUCAUUUAUAUGGAACUAUAUUUUCUUUUCCUUGCGUAAAAAGUACAAUCUACUACUCAUCUAUCCAAAAAAAAACUUUUCUAACAAAAUACAACUUGUCACACCUUUCUAAAUGUUUUACUUACUUUGUAAUUGGAAAAGUAAGUCAUCCCUACAGAAAGCCCUCUCAGUGAUCACAUGCAGUACCUGAGGUGAUACUCUUAUUAUUCAUAGCCUUGAUAUGGCUAGGAUGAAAUGUUGUCUUUUGGCAGGGAUAAUUUGAUAAAGUUACAUUAAUAAGUCAAAUAGAUACAGGUAGAUCAUGGUAGCCCAAUCUCAUGUACUGUACAUCAGGAGUUAUAAACUGGUUGGCGUGCAAUUUUCAGAUGCUGUGCACCACUACAGAAUUUGUAUUUCAGUAUCUGCUUAUCUCUCUGGUAAAUUCCAGCACACUCUGUUGUAUUGUGUCUAUAAAGUAUUGAUAUAAAACACCAGUGUCUUCACAGAGCAAUUAGAAAUGUGUCCUGAUUGUAAUGAUAAUUUAUAAAAUCUCUUAAAGAUUUCCCUUUUGUUCCCUUGGAGUUUUUUUGUUCUUCUCUGAGUGUGGCUUGACGGCAUGGUUCUGAGAUGAGGGUUCUGAAACUGCUUCAGAUUGUUUGAAAAGUAUAAGUUUCUUCAUGUUGCACAUCAUUGUUAGCACAUUUGUGGCGUAUAGAUCUGUAAUCCUCUACCACCAAUAGUCACU